AUGUUCCUGUCGUCGCUCUUGGCAGCCUCCUCAGUCCUCCUCGCCACUGCUCUCGCAGACUCCUCGCCCUACUCCAAGUUCAUCGACGACGCCAACUCUCUCCUCGCGGCCGCGACCGGCAAUUAUGCGGCGCAACUCAAUGCCCUAUACGGCUGGCAAGCAACACAAACCGCCGUUCCCAGCGGCGACGUUGAUUCCCAAUAUCAAGAAUACCUCAAUGCCUUUAUGACUACUACAUCGGCACCUUUACCGGCAUGGGUGACGGCCGUUCCUUCGUCGCUCCAGCCGAUCGCGACAAGCUUUCUGCAGGCGGAGGCGAGUCUCGUGAUCCAGGAUAUUGCGCCGAUCGUCAGCCAGAAUAACGCCGCCGGGUCUGUAAAUUCUGCUGGUCAGGCAGCGCCUGCAACCACUUCGUUGAAGACCACGGUGGUACCAACACCUGCGACGAGCGCGACGGCUAGCUCAGGCUUCGUGUCAGGUCCCGCGAACACAACUUCGUCGCAAAUGUCGGGCAAUGGCACAGCGCCAAGUCUGUCAGCGAAGACUACCGCAACCGCGCCGAUCACUUCUAUCACGACUGCAUCGGGGUCGCCGACGAAGUCUGUGACACCGCUCGUGACGACAUUUAAUAAGACCAGUGAGGCGGAGAAGCCGGCCGGUGUGGCCGCAGCAGCCGCCGUGGUUGGGAUUCUGGGUAUUGUGGUAUUGCUGUAA